AUGGAAGCCCUUUCUAAAAAUGAUGUGGGUGCAUACAUUGCAAGAAUGGCUCGCCUAUCAGAGGAUGACAUCCUCCGUUUCCGCCGUGAACAACAAGCUGCUCGCGAGAAAAGAAAUCCGGCGAAAUCCAUCGCUGAACAAAACACCAGUCAUUCCGGCACUGAAACUGACCGCCCCGCCAAGAAAAAGAAGAAGAAUUAUGAAGCUGCCUCGGCCAAAAACAAGACUCCCAAUCAAACCUCUCUGGAUCAAUUUAUGAACAAAAGUGCUGCUAUUGAUAUGAACAAAGGCUGUUCAUCAAGCGCUCCGCCCCCCUGCUGGAAGAAUCUGUUAAAGGAAUUUGAAGAGUUAACUUCCAACGAAGUGACCUCACUAUGGGAUUCGAAGAUUGAUUUCAACUCUUUGGUGGAAACAAAUUUGGUCUUUGAGGCGGACCGUGAAAAAAUGAGGAAGAUCGGAUUGAGGGAGGCUUGUCAAGCCAUGAUGACGAAAGGUUUGGAAAUUGCUGCAAUUUCUAAGAUGAUUGAUCUUGAAUCUGCUGGAUUUGAUGGCCUUUCAAGCGCCAAGCUCAUCGAAGAAAAAGAAAAAGAAGUUGAGAAAAUGAGAGCCACAUUGAAGCUUUUGGAAAAAUCCAAAAAGGCUACUGACAAGAAAGCCGCGGAUCUGGCUUCAGAGGUUGAAAACUUGAAGAAAACUAUUGAAGAAAACAACACUUCCAUUCAAACACUGACUGGAGAAAAUGAGAAGACAAGGGCUGACCUUACCCAACUGACUACUGUCCACAACCAAGUUUUAGAAGAAAAUUCCAACUUGAAAACUGAGAAAAAACCCAAACCCGGUAAAUCCCCAGAAAAAUCACCUACACCUGCACCUGAAGCAAAACCUACACCCGCUAAAUCCCCUGAAUCAUCACCUACACCCGCUCAAUUCCCUAAAGCACAAUCACCUACACCCACUCAAUCCCCUGAAGCAUCACCUACACCUUCUCAAUCCCCAGAAGAAUCACCUACGUCUGCACCUGAAGCUAUACCUACAUCCGCUCAAUCCCCUGAAGUAUUAGCUGCACCUGACCAAUCCCCUGAAACACCAUCACCUGCACCCAAUCAAUCCCCUGAAGCACCAUCACCAACACCUGCUCAAUCCUUUGAAUCAUCACCUACUCCUUCUCAAUCCCCUGAAGAAUCACCUACUCCUUCACCUGAAGUAUCAUCUACACCCGCUCAAUCCCCCGAAGCACCAUCACCUACACCCGCUCAAUCCCCUGAAGAAUCACCUACGCCUACACCUGAAGCAUCACCUACACCCACUCAAUCCCCUGAAUCCCCUGAAGCACCAUCACCUACGCCAGCGCAGUCCCCUGAAGCACCAUCACCUACACCUGUCCAAUCCCCUGAAGCAUCACCUACUCCUUCUCAUUCCCCUGAAGAAUCACCUACGCCUUCACCUACACCUGCUCUGUCCCCUGAAGCACCAUCAUCUACACCCGCACAAUCCCCUGAAGCAUCACCUACACCUUCUCAAUCCCCUGAAGAAUCACCUACGCCUUCACCUGAAGCAUCACCUACACCUUCUCAAUCCCGUGAAGCACCAUCACAUGUACCAACUCAAUCACCUGAAGCAUCACCUACACCUUCACAGUCCCCUGAAGAAUCACCUACGCCUUCACCUGAAGCAUCAUCACCUACACCCGCUCAGUCCCCUGAAGUCUCAUCACCUACGCCCACCCAAUCUCCAGAAGCACCAUCACCUGCACCCACUCAAUCUCCUGAAGUAUCACCUACACCCACUCAAUCCCCUGAAGUAUCACCUACACCCUCUCAAUCUCCUGAAGAAUCUCCUACGCCUUCACCAGAAGUAUCACCUACACCCGCUCAGUCCCCUGAAGCACCAUCACCUACACCCAUUCAAUCCCCUGAAGAAUCACCUACACCCACACCUGAAGCAUCACCUACACCCGAUCAAUCCCCUAAAGCACCAUCACCUACACCCACUCAAUCCCCUGAAGUAUCACCUACACCCUCUCAAUCUCCUGAAGAAUCACCUACGCCUUCACCUGAAGUAUCACCUACACCCGCUCAGUCCCCUGAAGCUCCAUCGCCUACACCUUCUCAAUCCCCUGAAGCAUCACCUACGCCUUCACCUGAAGCACCACCUACACCUUCCCAAUGCCCUGAAGCAUCAUCACCCACACCCGCUCAACCUCCUAAAGCACCAUCACCUGCAACUAGUUGUCCCAUCUUGCAAUUGGGUGUUUGCUCGGGCUUGUUGAACAUAUUUGUUGAUCCACAUAACAAGAAGCAGUGUUGCUCUCUCCUCAGUUUUCUUACUGAUAUUGAUGUUGCUGCCGUGUGCCUAUGCCACUCAUUCAGGGCACGUGUCUUCCAUAUCCACAUUGACGUUGUAGUUGCCAUGCGCACCAUACUAAAAUGUUGUGGCCGCGACUUGCCCUCAGACUUCCAAUGCAUCGUUAAUUAA